UGAGUUACUGGAGGCUAGUCGAACCCAAGACGUUGAGACUACGCUUGGAUUUUAAUCCGCACUGCACAUGUGCGGAGUAUGAACUUGUCCUACUCAGUAGUCUCCUUCAAAGUCCUAACCUCUCUCUCUUUCAUUCCGUAAAUCACUCGUUGAAAGCAAGAACUCUGGCCAGGCGUUGGGCUUUUUCCGCCAAUUGCUGCAAUCAAACGUGAAACCAAAUGACCUCACUUUCUCUUUGCUCCUUAAAGCCUUCGUCGUCUUCUUCUGCUUUGAAUUCACCCAAUCAAAAGAUACAAGCAAAUCAGAUUCAGAGCCACUUGUUCUUAUUUCUGAAGACAACACGUGUGAAACUGACCCUCUCCACCUGGUCUCACUUUCUAAUACUCCUUUGCAAACGUUAAACAUCUUGGCUGUCCUGAUAAGAAAGAAGACGACGAAGACGAAGACACGGUGGAUAUGUCAUUUAGGAAAAGACAGGAGUAAGAGCACCACGAGUGUAAUUUCAGCACCCGGUGGAAUUUCAAACCAGACAGAAGCCUCCAACUCCAACGAAACAACAUGAAUCUUAAAACUUUCCUCUACUUCCUCUGCCUCUUUAUCUCUCUAUGUCACUCCUUCGCAGCCCCGACCCUGCUAUUUCAGGGGUUCAAUUGGGAAUCGAGUAAUAAAGGAGGAUGGUACAAUUCACUGAAGAACUUUGUUCCUGAUUUAGCUAAUGCUGGAAUCUCUCAUGUCUGGCUUCCUCCUCCCUCUCAAUCUGCUGAUCCCCAAGGGCAAGGAUACUUGCCGGGAAGGCUAUAUGAUCUUGAUGCCUCAAAAUAUGGCUCUAAGGAUGAACUGAAAGUACUGAUUGCGGCUCUACAUGAGAAGGGAAUUAAAGCCAUUGCUGACAUAGUGAUAAAUCAUAGAACUGCUGAGAAGCAAGAUGGCAGAGGAAUUUGGUGCAUCUUUGAAGGUGGGACUCCAGAUGCACGUCUUGACUGGGGUCCAUCCUUCAUUUGCAAGGAUGACACAGCUUAUUCGGAUGGUACUGGGAAUCCUGACAGUGGAGAGGGCUAUGACCCUGCACCUGACAUUGAUCAUCUUAAUCCACAGGUACAAAAAGAGUUGUCAGAAUGGAUGAAUUGGCUCAAGACUGAGAUUGGAUAUGAUGGGUGGCGAUUUGAUUUUGUGAAGGGCUAUGCCCCUAGUAUUAUAAAAUAUUAUGUGGAACAAACCAAGCCAGAUUUUGCAGUAGGGGAAAACUGGAAUUUAAAUCGUGAUGUUCUAGCUGAAUGGGUUGGGUCUGCAGGUGGGGCUGUCACUGCAUUUGAUUUCACAACCAAAGAGAUUCUGCAAGCAGCUGUGAAAGGGGAGUUAUGGAAGUUAAAGGACUCCAACGGAAAGCCACCAGGAUUGAUUGGAAUAAAGCCAGAAAGUGCUGUGACAUUUAUUGACAACCAUGACACAGGGUCUACUCAAAAUAUUUCGCCAUUCCCCUCUGAUAAAGUCAUGCAAGGAUAUGCUUACAUUCUAACUCAUCCAGGCACCCCAACCAUUUUCUAUGAUCAUUUCUUUGAUUGGGGAUUAAAGGAGGAAAUAAGCAAAUUGACUGCAAUUAGGUCGAGGAAUGGGAUCAAUACCAGAAGCAUUGUGAACAUACUAGCAUCUGAUGGUGAUUUAUAUGUAGCUGGGAUUGAUGACAAGAUCAUCAUGAAGAUUGGACCAAAGAUGGAUCUUGGAAACCUCAUUCCCUCAAACUUUCAGGUUUCUACCUCUGGCAAAGAUUACGCUGUGUGGGAGAAAAAGUGAAGAAUAGAAAUGAUUUCGUGCUGAAUCAAUGUAAUAAUACCCUAUUACUAUUACUUUAAUGUAAAAUAAAGUUUGGCCGCCCAUGAGCUGCUCAAUCUAAAGCCCUUAAGGGGUGACCAACAUCAGGCACCCCUGUAGAAUUGUUGCAAAUUCAAUGAAUAUUGUUAGAUAAA